CCUGAUAAGCUCAGAUUUCCUCUACUUCCUCCGGCUUCAAUCUCGCUCCUUACAAUAAUAAGAUGACUUGAUUGGGUUUUGAUGGAGAGCGGGGGUGAGCUGUGACAGAAGCUGCAGUCCCCUCCUACUCCCAUGUCAGUCCCCGGCCCUGGGAAACACAAAGGAUGAUCCAUUAGAAGCAGGGAAAGCAAAGAGAAAAAAAUGCCUGAAAGAAUGGGGAAAUAAGGGAGAUAAAGGAGGGGAAGAAAGGAUAGGAAACAGGAGAAUGCGAGAAAGAAAAGGGAGAGAGAGUGUUUAGAGUGGGUAAGAAAAGUGGUCUCAGAAUGAGGAAAACAUUGCAGAGAAAAAAUUAAUGGGAAAAGGAGUGAGACAGUGGAAGGCAUAUGUAGCUGAAGGGUAUAUUCUGAGAUAUUUGCAUUACUUCAGAUCUAGAAAUAUAACACUAUGGCAGUCCGACUAGGAGUGUGUGCCUUUGGAGAGGACAGAUGCCAGCAGAGUGGUCCACAAUAGAGUGGCAAGCAAGUAGCAUAAGGAAUAGAACUGGAGCAACUGGAAACAAGAAAGAAUUAGGAAUAUAGGUCAAUGUCACACGGGAUGUGCCUAUGACAAUGGGAGCCAGAGAAGAAGGCCACGGCAGUGGGAAAAGGGGCAGGUCCUUGCCAUAGAUCAUCUUCCCCAAAGAGAGAGUAAAUAGCAAGAGCUCCAAAGGAGGACAGUAGUUCUUUGCCAGCCUUCAGCAUGUUCUUUUUUCUUCGGGAGACCCGCCGACUGAACAGUGAGGCAUCAUGCCUGCAGGCGUCUAGUUCCCGACAAGGUGCUCAGAGGCAGUCCAAGGGUGGACAUUUCCGAAGGACAAGCAGUUGGUCCCAUCAAGAAGACCGGCAAUCCAUGCAGCGGCCCAGGAUCAGGAGCACUUCUGACCCUGCCUCAACCACCGCCUCUGGAUCCCUCUCUCACACCCGCUUCCAGUUGGGUGAUGGAGCAACUUUGCCUGCAACCAAGCCAGAGGACACGCCAUUGCAAGAGGAUGUCGGAAGGAUCACCUUGGCUCACGCAGAAGAUAAAUGCCUAAGUAUCAGGGAUAUGGAGCUUAGCCUCACUUCUGUCUUUGGGCAGGACCGAAAGCUGCGAGCGGAAGAAAUUGAAGAGCUCAAGGAGGCUUUUCGGGAGUUUGACAAAGAUCGUGAUGGCUACAUCAGUUAUAAGGACUUGGGAGAAUGUAUGCGAACUAUGGGCUUCAUGCCUACUGAAAUGGAACUCAUAGAAUUAUCUCAACAAAUUACUGGAGGAAAAGUGGAUUUUGAUGACUUUGUGGAACUGAUGGGCCCUAAGCUGUUGGCGGAGACAGCAGACAUGAUUGGAGUUAAAGAGCUGAGGGAUGCUUUCAGAGAGUUUGAUACAAAUGGCGAUGGGCAGAUCAGCAUAGCUGAACUACGGGAAGCAAUGCAUAAGCUCCUAGGGCAACAGUUGAACUACCAAGAAGUGGAUGAGAUUAUCCAGGAUGUUGAUUUGAAUGGGGAUGGUCUUGUGGACUUUGAAGAGUUUGUACGGAUGAUGUCUCGCUGAGAAAAACAAGCAGCAAUGUAAGAAUGAAGUGCCUUGAGAAGGACAACUGCCAUAAAUUCCAGCUUCAAUCAAUCCAGCCAUUAGGCAGCAAAGAAUUUCCCACAUAUCUUAUGUUUUCUGCCUGGAACCAAGCAGCUAUUCCUAUAAUCCAGAGAGUUCAGCUAGUUUCAGCACCUUUAAAGAUGUUGUGGACAUUAACCAGAGGAAUACCAGAUUUCUGUAUUAAACGUGGCCAUGAACUUCCCAUAGAUUUCAGAUGCCAUCAUAUCUUGAUAACUGUUUGCAGUAACACUGAAUUUCCACUUUGUUCAUUCCAAGCAGGCUUAACCAACAAAUCUCCCUAAUUGUGUGUAUUUGUGAAAAUAUUCCAAAUACCUCUGUUCUACUAUAAGAAGGGCUGUUUCUCUUUAUUUGUUCUUCCUCUAACAGCUGUUUUCUGUUUCAAAAUAUAUUUUGCUUUCCACUGUGGCAUAAAUAAUAUUUCAUCAUUUCUAAUAUGCCAUAUAAAGUCAUAAACUCUUCGAAAUGAAGGCAAAUAUACACGUUCCAGGAUAACAAUACGAAAUUGAAUUUGGGUUGGUCACCAGAUCCAGAGAUUUACUGGAGUAAAGAGUAAAUCUCUGGUCCCGUUGAUUGACCCAAAUUCAGUUUUGCACCAUAAACUCUUCUUCCUAAGCAGGAUAGAAAUGCAAAGUGGUUGACUUAUGGCCCCAAAUAGAAUUGCUAGGAUCUAGAUAGGCAGCUGGUUACUCUUAAAUCAGUUUUAAUGUCUGAAUAAAACCGAUGAUACAAAAAUAUUGAUCAAGUCCACAGGAAGUAGCAUCUGUGAUCCAGAGAUGUAUCUAUUUUGAUGGAGCUGGAAUGCUAAAAGAUAGAACUACAGUACUGCUUCUUUUGUCUAAUUCCAGGACAUAUGUCUUCCAUACACUCCAUGAAAACAUAUGCUUUGUAGAUCACCCUCUACCAUGCCAGAGUACAUGACACAAAACAAUGGAUAAGUCACAGGAGGACCAAUUCUGAUUGAAUAUUAGAAAAAAUAUGCUAACUGUAAGAACAGAUUAGUAGUGGAACCAAUAACCCAGAAGAAGGUAGACUCCAUUUCACUGGUUGUGGUCCAGCAAAGACAAUUAUUUGUAUGAGAUGCUUUAACUUGGAUUCCUGCAUGGAGGAAACUCAAUGACUAAAUGUCCCCUUUCAGGACUAUGAUAAAAAUAUAUUAAUCUAUUUUAUUAGUAAUUUUGUAUUUGUAUUGGUAAUUUUUAGUCUUCUGGAGAACCCUAGAAACUCUUGGAAGCUUGCUAGAAUUCCCACAAAAAAAAUUGUUGAACUAGCUUUCCUAUUGUGUCUUUGAAAAUGUACAGCCUAAGGGGAAUGUAGAAUGAGCUUCAAGAUGCACUCAAACACCAGAACCCAGCAUGUUGUCCUAAAUAAGUGUGCACCAAAAUGUUUCACAAUUUCAGAAUGAUUUCACAGCAGACAAAUAAAAGUCUACGAAGAUAGGGAUUCCAGAGAAAUCCAAAUUAAAGCAUUCCCAAAAGAUGUGUAGUCCCUUCCUGAAUACAUUGAGCAAAGAAAAGUAACUGCAUUCUUAAACUGUUCUUCCUGCUACCAUUUUUAUAACUAUCAGAAUCUCCCUCCUGUAAUUUAAAUUCAUUUUCAAUAACAACAGAAAACAGGUCUUAAAUUUUUAUAUAUGUACCAUCUUUUAUUUGAUUACAAACUGAAUAUGAACUAGCAAUAUCGUACUUGAGGAGUCUGUCAUGUCCCCUCUCACCUUUUAUUCUGAAGGCCAAGCAUCCUUGUUCUUUUAAUUCCUAUUCUUCAGAUGUCAUUUUUAGCCUUCUAGCCUCUGCUGGUUUUCUUUGAACAUGUUUCAGUUUAUCUGAAACUUUCAGGGGGAAUGCAGACAACGGGUACAAUUUCUUCCUAUUACCUAUAAUAAUUUGGUUAUACAUUUGCCUUUUUAUAGCCAGAUGAACUGCUGGUUCAUGUUCAGCUUCUAAUCAACUACUGUUCCAAAAACUGCUGCACAAGUAUUAUAAACAAGCCAAUAAUUUUCUAUUCUAUAAUUGCAUAUUUUGUUUUUGAAGUGAAGAAUUUUGGCAUUUGUCUCUGUUAAAUUUCGUUCAUUCUCAGCCCAUUUCUCUAAUCUGACAAGUUUGUUCUGAAUUUUAUUUUCUUUGGAAUUAUCCUUCCCAGUCCUGUGUCAUCUGCUAAUUUAAUAAGCAUUUAUUCAGCCUACAUAUGCAAGUUACUAAUAAAACAUAUACUUAUUUUACAAGUUUUAUUAAUGCAAGUUAUUAAUAAAAAUGCUGAAAGACCCAGGGCCACACCUUAUUUCUGCCCCCUCAAUACCUCACCUAGUUUGAUGAAGAGCCUUUAAUAAACACUGAGUACAAUUUUCAGGUAGUUAUGAAUCUAUUUAUUAUGCUAUUACUCCACAUUUCUCUAGCUUGCUAACUAGAAUGUUAUUCGGUGCUUUUAUUGAAUGCCUUGCUGGAAUAAUACUAUGUCUACAGUAUUUCCAUGAUAAAUUAAAGAAGUUAAUUGAUCAGAGUUACAUUACAGUUAGUAUGUAAGAUUUCUUUUGGUAAAUCCAAAGAGAGUAAUUUCUAUGUUUGCAGAUAAAGCUUUUUAUGAUCUGCUCUAGAAUUAAUAAAACU